AUGCCAACAGCUAUGAAAGAUAGAAUGGUCGAUGGUGCUGAAAUACAGGAGCAAAUUCGAACAUUUAACAAUGAAAACAAAGACGUAGGUGUAGUUCGCACACCCAAGAGGCAUCAUUCAGAUGAACAAAGAAGUAUAGAAAGAAAUCAAAUGGUGAUAAUGAACAAUGAUGACGAAGAAUUCGAAACUGUUACGCAUCAGCGAAAAAAAUUUCAAAGGGAACACAAAGACAAACAUUAUGAAGAACAAAAUGACGUCAUAUGCAUGAAUGAUAAAACGAACGACCACCUACAAAAACAACAACAUCAACAAUAUAUACAGAAAAGAAAAACAACAAAUAGCUCACGCACGUUUUACAAUGGAGAAAUGACAGCGAUGAAUCAUCAUCGCUUAAGAAACACAGAAAAAGAAAGAGCUGUCAAACAAACUGAUCAACAAGCUUACAUGAUUAACCAUGAACAUGAACAAAAAACAAGCAUUUCCAACCACGCUCUUCAUUAUGCUGUUGAACAACAUUUACCACCGAUAAAUAUUAAAUGUGAUCCAAAAGUAAUCGACCAAAAGCAAGGCACCAUGCUAAUAAAAGAAUUAUUUUUAAAAAUCGAAAAAAACUUCAAGGAUUUAAAUAAAAACUGUUUAAAACCACUCGGGUUUGAAUACUGGUUUAUAGAUCGUGAUGAAAAUUUACAGUGCGUUACACGCAACGUCGAACUCUUCGUGUUUCUAUGCAACCCUCAAAACUAUCCGGAAAAGUUAUUGAAUACAGCUAUUCACCCAAAUCCUCCAAAACGACUUCCUCCACAACGGUCAGCUAUACUCAAGUACGUACCAAAAGACAUUCAUAUCGACGAUAUAAAAAAGGAAAUAUCUUCCAAAUACAAAUCACUGUUUAACAUCGAAGAAAUGCGAGGAACGAUAGGUGCCAGAAAUCGUCAUAUACGUAUCGAACUAUCGGAACAAAAUGAAUAUAUGGACAUAUUAAACACAGGAACAAUAGCAUUCGAAGGUCAAUUGAUUGAAGUCUCUGAAUUUCUUGCACCACCUCGACUACUAAUAUGUUCACGAUGCAACACACCAGGACAUCUAAAAAAAGAAUGCAAAAACGAUAUUGAUUUAUGUCGAAGAUGCGGCUCAAAUAGAACCGAAGGUGAACACAAAGAAUGCAUUAUCAAAUGUCACCACUGCAAUGGAAAUCAUGAAGCCACCUCCUUCCAAUGUUCAAUCAUCAAUGAUUUUCGAAAAGAACUGAUUCUCAAACUAAAAAGCAGGCCAGAUCUUCUACCGCAGAAUGUUCAACUAUUCAUUCCUACUCAAUAUCGGUCUCAUGGCGAAAAAGGUAAUAGAAUUCUCAUUAAUAAUAAUAUUAUUGAAGGUAAUGCAAGAACAAAACAACAACAACAAUACACGUAUCAUCAGCACUCAAAUGAAUGGCCUCUCUUAUCAAACAACAUCGAUACAACAUCACCAAAUGAAUGGUUGUCACAUAAUACAAAUAGAAAUAGUAUUUGGAGUGACAUGACAAAAUCACAAGAAAUAUUUAACUCGCUCAAAGAGAAAUUCAACAAGCAAGAGACCGAUAUAGCAAAAAGAUAUCAAGAACACAAAUUAAAGUUAGGAUCUAUUUUAUCGGUAAUGUCAGUACAAAUUCAACAACAAAACGAAACCAUCAAAUCGGUAUUUACAACAAUUACUGAACUGAUUCCAAUUGUGACACUUUCACUUGGGAUAUGCCAACAACUCGCUACAACAACAACAACGUCAAACUCAACUGAUCGACAAGUUAAACUACCAUCUGACACAACAACUUCACAAAUUCAAACUUUAAUCAAUUUCCUUAAUGAACAACAUCAAUUAGUAUCAAACAAACAUUUGAAAUUCGUCGAAAAUUUUGAGAAGAACAAUCAACUGCUACAACAUGGAAUUGAACUAUUUACAUCAACAAGUGAAUAA